UCCGUCGCCCACUUCCAUGAUUGGCCGCCGAGUCAACGAAGGCUUCGAUAUUCGAAAUUUAAUUUUAGAAAGUACUGUUGUGAUCGUUUGAACAGUGUUCUCAGCCAGAAUGUCUUCGUUCUAAGGCCAAAAUGUCGCAAGUAGUACUACAGUUUCUGGCCGUGGUCGGAGUGGCUUCGGCCCAGAUAAUUUUUGACGGGGUGAAAUGCGGUGAUUACAAGUGCAAUUUCGAUCAGUAUUGCUCCGCUAAUACAAAUCAAUGUGCGUCCUGCAACACAGCAUGCAAUCAAUCUCAUCACAACUACGAGGCUGGACUUUGUGCGGAGAAAUGUCAAGGAUAUCUUCUAGACUUGAGAUAUGUUCGUAAUGAUGGAAACACUGCAUCGCCGGCGGGCAAUGAUUAUAACAGUAUCCGGCGUCAGGCGCAGGCGGCAUUAAUCAUUAGUGUGGUAUCACUGGCUGUACUCGUUCUCAUCCUCAUCAUCAUCUGUCGGGGCAAGUUUACAUGGAGUUACCUGAAGCAGAAAUUUCAACCAAAAAAAAAUCGGGUAAAUAUCCAUGCAAAUGCCGGGAUAACACAUUGUAACCCUCAUGCGCAAAUGGCAACAGCGACCAAACCAGAUUUAAAGUUGGAGAUGCGAAACGCUAUACCUCGGACUCAGCCCCUCAAUGUGAGAGAUUUGGAUGCUAGAACACAAACAGAAAAGAGCCAAGGUGCAACAACUCCAAAGACAGUUAGCACAUCCUUGAAUAACAGACAUCCAGCUGAAGAUACCACUUUAGAUUUCUCAUACGACAAUCGAGCAUUAAACGUAUUGCCGUCUGAAGAAAGCGGCGAAAAUAGAUUCUGAACGAAAUAUACCGAACUGGAAUAACAACCACCUUGAUCAUUGAAUGAAAAUCCUUUGAGAAAUGAAUAGUUUAUAUGUAUUAUAUUAAAGGCCUGCGCAAACGGGAAACACUUUGUCACAUAGUUGGGGCAAAUUUUUCGGAUUUUUGUAUAUGCUCUGUAGUUGCACGUAAACGUUUCCAUUUUGUGUCAUGUGUAUCUGUCUGUAUAAAACACCUAUAACUCUCUGAUAAUGUAUCACGAUUUUUUUCAGUUAAAGCGCAAAAUACAAAACAAAAACAUAAACAUAAAAUAUACAUUAUCUUCCUAUUUAUUAGUUUAGAUUAUAACCUAUCAAUAUUUACGUCGAGCCAUGUCAGGUCUUACAUAGAGAGCUUAAACUUAGGUCGGUUUCUCACUGAUCGUCAUUUAUAUUAUAUUGAAAUUAAACACCUAUUAUUACUUAGACACUGUUAAACACAUUAUUUACAGCACGUAUUCAUUAGACGACCCGAAGCGACAGCGGUACAAUGUAUCUCCGAGACGAAGAUAUUUGCGUUGCGAUAAUUAUUGUGUUUCUCAUGGACAUCAUACAACUGUUUUUAGAAUAUAUUAGAGAUGAUAUUCUGUUACUCGAACCUAUUUUGUAACUCGUUUAAAUACAUAAAACAUGCAAUUUUAUGUAAUAAUUGAAAUAGAUAUUAUGUUCUAGUAAUAACGCGUAGUCUUACCAAGCGAUCUUAUUUUACGGAUAAAUAUGAUUUAUUGUCCGCUAAAUAAGACCGCUUGGAUUGAGUCAAAUUCAGUAAAUAAUCUAGUAAUAUACUCGUA